AUGGCUCGGACCAGGCAGACGGCGAGGGCUUCCACUGGCGGGAAGGUCCCUCGUCGAGCGAUCGCCAGCAAGGCGGCCCGUCGUUCGGCGGCAGUGUGGCGCGAGAACGGGUAG